CGUGCGCGCGGGUUUCCGUUACCGCCGGCGCGCGCGCGCGUGGCAGGCGUGAGCGGAGAGGGGGGAGGGGAGGCGGCAGCAGCAGCACCGAGGCGGGUUCCCCGCUCUGCUUCCCGCCGGGAACGCGGAGACAGGAGGCAGCGUCCCGCUUUACCCCCUUCUCCGGAGGAGGUUGUGUGUGAACGGCUCCGCCCGUGAGGCGAGGGGCAGGGCCUGAGCGCCGCGCCGGGCCUCGCAGGCCGCUCGCUGCCGGCCGGGCCGCGCCGGGGCCCCCGCGCGCGCCAAGAUGUCGGCGCAGGCCCAGAUGCGCGCCAUGCUGGACCAGCUUAUGGGCACGUCCCGGGACGGUGACACGACCCGUCAGCGCAUCAAAUUCAGUGAUGACAGAGUGUGCAAGAGCCACCUUCUCAACUGCUGCCCUCAUGAUGUGCUCUCUGGAACUAGAAUGGACCUUGGAGAAUGCCUGAAGGUGCAUGACCUGGCAUUAAGGGCAGACUAUGAAAUAGCAUCCAAAGAUCAAGAUUUCUUCUUUGAGCUUGAUGCAAUGGACCACCUGCAGUCAUUUAUUGCGGACUGUGACAGGAGAACAGAAGUGGCAAAGAAAAGACUAGCAGAAACCCAAGAAGAGAUCAGUGCUGAAGUUGCAGCUAAAGCUGAAAGAGUUCAUGAAUUGAAUGAAGAAAUUGGAAAACUGCUGGCCAAAGUUGAACAGCUUGGAGCUGAUGGGAAUGUGGAAGAAUCUCAAAAAGUAAUGGAUGAAGUAGAGAAGGCUCGGGUAAAGAAGAGAGAAGCAGAAGAAGUGUACAGGAAUUCUAUGCCUGCCUCCAGCUUUCAACAGCAGAAGCUCCGGGUUUGUGAAGUAUGCUCAGCUUAUCUUGGUCUUCAUGACAAUGACCGACGACUUGCUGACCACUUUGGAGGGAAACUACAUUUAGGAUUUAUUGAAAUAAGAGAGAAGCUUGAGGAACUCAGGAGGAUUGUGGCUGAUAAACAGGAGAAACGAAAUCAGGAACGUCUGAAACGUAGAGAGGAGAGAGAAAGAGAAGAAAGGGAGAAACUAAGGAGGUCCAGAUCCCACAGCAAGCAUGCCAAAAGAUCUAGGUCCCGAGAUCGCCGCAGGCAUCGGUCUCGCUCAGCCUCCCGGGAACGGAAGAGAAGAACUCGCUCCAAAUCCCGUGAGAAACGCCAUCGUCACAGGUCUCGCUCUACCAGCCGCAGCCGGAGUCGCAGCCAUCAUAGAAGCAGACAUAGUUCCAGGGAGAGAAGCCGAGAACGCAGCUCUAAAAAGAGAUCCUCAAAAGAAAGAUCUUCCAGAGACAAAGAACGUUCAAGAGAUCGUGAUAGAACAUCACGUGAUAAAGAUAGAAGCUCAAGAGAGAGGUCACCGCGAGAUUUCAAAGACAAGAAACGUUCUUAUGAAAGUGCAAACGGCCGGUCGGAAGACCCGAGGAGCUCAGAAGAGCGUGAAGCAGGGGAGAUAUAACUGGCUGUAUAUUCACCUGAUCUCUAGCUUCCUAUGGAGUUGCAUACUAUGGUUUAGUUUACAGUUGUUCAAAGGGACACCAGUGAGAGUUCCAGACACUGAUCCAACUAGGGUAGAUGUACAGUGUAUAAAAAUGGUUAUAACCAAGUCAGAAUUAAACCCCAUGAAAUAAUGAUGCCUAAAGCUGGGUCCUGGACUUCCACCGAGUUGUAAAACUUUUCUGAAAGAUUUCUCUUUAUUCAGGACAACAGUUUUAUGUACCAAGAUGCAGAUCUCAAUGUUUUUAAUCUCCUUUCCAAUACAAGCUAGUGAACAAAUUAUAUUGUACUACUUGCCUUGGGUGCUUUUGAACCUUUAUAAAUUCUCCAGUUCUGCUCCAGUCAAAACAGCAGCAUUGAAAGGUUGUAUUUUGAGGGACUUUUUUUGUUUGCUUUUUUUGUAAGAGGGUGGGUGAAUGGAUAUUAACUUUACUCUAAGAUUAUGUUCCCAGUGAUUUUUUUUGUUGUUGUUUGGAACCUAGGAGUUGAUCACAGUGGGAGCAUUUAGACAGGAAUGUGUGCUGGAGAAAGUGGAAAUGUCUUUUUACAGUGCCUAUUUAGACUUGGAAAUUGAACAGCUGUUGCAUUACAUCUUUUUUAUUUCUACUUAAAUUUUGAAAUCAAAGCCAGUCCCAUAUCUGUACCAUUUGAUUGGUAUGUGUUCAAUAUAUUUGUUUUUUUUCCAUAAGGACUCUUUCUGCUUUUUCUUGUGGGGUGUAAAUGGCACAUACUUAAUUGUAUUAAAAACAAACAAAAAAACAGCAACAACAAACAAAAAUUAAGAACAAAAAAAUAAAAAAAAUAAAAAAGGAAACCACAUUGUCUAAUAACUUGACAAGGAUGUACUGGUCACUAGGUGGUUACUUAGCAACAGAGUCAUUUAAAAAUGGACAUUUGCUUAUUAAGAAUUUUUAGCAGGCACAUGUGCUCUAGAAGCAGCAGUCAUGACAAUAAUUCUGACUCUGAUCUUCAAAGGCAAAACCACAUGGAAUCAUAAUCGUCAGGGCACAACCACUAACUCCUUAAUGACUUCAGUUUCAAAAAGCAGUGUUUCAUAUAGGUGCAAGCUAUAUUAAAGGGGUUGCUGUCGACUCUGUCACAUUGAAAGUGCUUUGGGGUUUAUAAAUUAAGAUAUGCCCUAUGCUCACUCAGAAGAAAUUUGAGGUUGUUAAGUUGUCCUUGAGGCAGCACCACUGAGGUACUCAACAGUGAUGCUUUGGACCAGUCUCUGUUACAAUUUAUUGGCAUUUUCAGCAGCUUCUACCAAUGCUCUGUGUCUCUCUAGCCCAAGUGCCUUUGUAGGCCCAAUAAUAAUGUGUGUAUAAUAUUGCUAUAAAUUCACAGUGUUUUUCACAGUGUUUCCCUUGGUGUCUCUUCUGUAGCCUCUUCAGCAUGGUCAGAACACGAGUGUUAAUUCUAAAACAGUAGAGAAUUUAGCAGUGUUUUAGCUAGCAGUGAAAGCUCAAACAGGACCUCUACAUUUCAACAAGGACUUGUGUCCAACAGCACAUACCCUCCACUUGGAAUUCAUGUCAUUUUAAACUCCUAAAUGAUGACUAACUACUUCUUGCUUAUUUUAUUUCCCCAUUUGAAAUCUGAACUUCAAUAUCUUCCUGGGAAUACUUUAUAAUUUCCUCUGUGGCCCAGCUGCCUGGUAAAUGCCCGUUACCGGUGUUUGUCCUGUGUGAGCAGGCUGUAAAGUGCUUGCUAACAUCUGUUGCCUCACCUCUUUUAAUGGAAUUCUAGUGGUGUGACAAAAGGUGAACAGUCAUUUCUAGAUGCAUCUUGCAUAGCAGAAUGAGUAGAUUGUGAACUCUUUUGGAAUACCUUUCUGGAAUAAAAAUAUUCCAGAAAUACUAAGGGCCUGUUUCCCCUGCAGUGAGCAACUAUAACUUCUGUAUUGUAAAAGAGAGGUGGGAUGGGAAUUUGCAUACUGUGACAAAACACUGCUUUAGGCUCCUUACUAGCAAAUUCUGGAUAAAAUGCCAUUAAGUUUAAUUAUGCAAGAAUUGUUGAACUUGGGGCUUUCCUUAUUUAAGAUCUUCAUGGGGUGGUGAGCAUCAUAGUAUCCAAGCACCACACCAAUGUUAAGCCGAGAGAAGGUAAGUCUUACCUCUGAUAUCCUGAUAAAAUAAUCUGAACUACUUGUGGGAAUAAGUGCCUCAUGUCUGAAAUGAGGACUGGAGUGCAGUUAAGGAGGGAGUCAAGGUGACUGAUGAAAUGUGCUUCUGAUGCAGGAGAUCUGGAGCAUUCGUUAGAGAGGGAGACUGCUUUAGUUGUUGUGCCCAAGCGAGGAAGAAUCUUCCACCCUUCAAUCGGAACUAAGCUACCUGAAUUUCCAGGAGGGUGAAACUGAGGUAUUCGUCACCUGCGUAUUUCCUGCUGGACAGGGGAAGAGUGGUAUUGACUGAUGUUGAUUUCCAUGGUCAAAAUACUUACAGAAGGGACCUGGGGAAAGUAAAUCUCUGUCCUUCUCUGCUGCAUCACAUAAAAGAGAGAUUUGGCACCAACUGAAUAGUUGGGGCUUCAUUACUUGACAUGUUUCAUUUCCCAGUCUUCAGUAAACAGUUUGGCAAUUGUUAAAUCUGGCUUCUGGUCUAGAACCAGAUCACAAACACAACGGUGAGAUCAUUCAGAAAAUAAAGCCAUUCGAUACACUAACCCAAGUCAGAUGUAUCCUGUAGACGUACAGGAUGUACUGGCUUCACAUCACACUGAGCAUCAUCUCUGCACACUGUAGUUGGGACUUCUUCCCACACCAAGCCUGUUUGCCAGGCUUUUCUCCCUUGCUUGUUCAGCCAUUGACUCUUACAAAAUGGAGAUAGCCGGAGGCUAGAUCCACAGGAGCUCCGUGGGUGAUGCUGUUGUGCAGUAGUCUGCGUAAUGAUCUGUGCUGCUGCUUUGCUGGGAGUUCUCACAGCUCUGCAGGUCCUUGAGGGGGCCCGAGUGCUUGGGGCCGUUCCUAUUCAAAGAAAAUAUCUUCCCUCUCCUGCAAGGAGGCUUAGUGCAGCCUGGGAGGGCAGUGGAGCUCCUGAGAGGACCUAGGGAUGCUGUGGCUGAGCAUCUCUGAAAUUUUGCUGGUACCGUUGUAGCUCCAUGGCAAUUUUUAUUGGACUGCAGGUGCACAAAUAGAGCAACAAUAGAUCAUUUCAGUGUUUGACAUGAGCCUGCAAGUGUUACUCCUGUAUCUCAGAAAGCUCUUGCUCUGCAUUCAUUAACCGGGAGAGCAUAAAAUGGAAACACAUUGAGAUAGAGGAUGGCAUGUUACCAGAAAUUAGGUCCUCUCCUGAAUGUACCUGAGUUGCUUUUCGUACUGGAGCAGGGGCAAACAUACAGUGAAACAGUGGUGCUUCCAAUCAAAGAGAUGCUGGGCCUGGUGCAGAGUUAUUCCAUUACCCACCAUCAGACUUGCCAGGGAUGCUGGCAGAGGAGUCUGUUCCUAACUGUCCUCUUGCCUUCUCUCAGGUAGUGAAUCCAGGAUUAAUCUUCCUCAUGCUACAGUGAAAAUCCUAACCCUGGAGCCCAUCUGUUUGUUCAAUCUUUCUUGUAUCAGCCCUGGCCUUUGAGGAACCCUUUAUCCUGCCCCAGGGUCAGCGGGAGAAGGUACGUGAACCAACUCCUCAGCCAAUGCAAAUCAUAGAGUGGUUUGUGUCGGAAGGAAGCUUAAAUAUCAUCGGGUUCCAACCCCCCUGCCAUGGGCAGGGACACCUCCCACUGGAUCAGGCUGCUCAAAGCCCCAUCCAACCUGGCCUUGAACAUCUCCAGGGAUGGAGCAUCCACAGCUUCCCUGGGCAACCUGUGCCAGUGCCUCACCACACUCACAGUAAAAAAAUUCUUCGUAAUAUCUACUCUAAAUCUCCCUCCUUUCUUUUGUGAGAUUCCUUUAAUGGCUGAGUGUGGUAACCUUAAACAGCCUUGGGGCAGGGGUUAUCUAUUUAGCUGAAGGGAUAAUGUCAGCAACUUGUCUUGACACACCUGGGGCCAAUGCAAGGCAGCUGAAGACAUGGGUGGGUACAUCUAAACAGGUUUAGCUACAGGAUCUUCAGUAUCACAAGAAGCUUCUGUGGUGCUGGAGAUGACUCGGUGAAACGUGUGUGCCGUCUCCUCCAGGACUGUUGUGAAUUUAAGCAGAUUGCAAUUGCAAUCCAUGUUAAACAAAAGCAUAAAUGCAGACUGAGCUACAUGGUAGAGGUGAUGGCAGUGUGCAGUGUGUUGUACAGCUGUUCUCCAUGUUUCAAAUUUGUUGUCCUUUGUGCCACACACAGCAGAGGUUGGUUUCUCCUGACGUAGUGGCUUACGAAAAGUCUUCAUGAGAUCUUCAUUCAGUCCAGUAUGGUUCCUGCUCUCUGUUAUUUUGCUUUGAUCCCUUCUUUCCUACUUGCUUCUCAAUAAAUUUUUGUGCUGCCACUGCUCAAGCAGUUCCUUAAUUCUUCUUUUCACUGAGACCUGGAGAUCUGACUGUCAUUGCAGCCUGCAAAACUGGGAAGCGGCAGACUGCUGGGUAGGGGUUGUGGCAGCAGCUGGAAAUACUGGGGAAGAGAGGAAGAAAUCCUUGUUUCUACCACAGGCUCUCCUCUUUAUCCCUUCUUUCCCAUCGGCAGGCAAUUAGAAAUUCUCUUAUGACUUGUUUCUCCUGGCUCUGGUUUUUCAUCUCCUGUUGCUGGAGUAACCACAGUCCCAAACUGCUUCCCAGGCUUUUGGUAGUGUUGUGCAGAGCACUGAAGGCAAGCAGUGUCCUAGGAGAUUUACCAGCAGGGAGUUGGGAUUAGCUAGUAACAAAGCAGGGCUGGCCACAGGCAAAGUUGAAGAGGCCUGGUGGACGGCAGGAACUGUGCCGCCCUUUCCUGGGCUGAAAUGAUCUGGCAGAUGCUGACUAUAGUAAAGAAUUGAUGGUGACGCUCAGUGAGGAGCACAAAGGUUAGAAGUUGUUCCAUGUGCUGGCUCCGAGGAGCUGCAGGCUUUCACAGCAUAAACAGUCAGGCCCCAGCAGCAUCAAAGACCUGCUUCAGCCUCUGCGUAUCCAUCGCUAGAAGGUGAAAACUGAGUGGGGACUCUGCAUCAACCUACUGUAACUUAUUAAAAUGCUGCCAUGUCCUAAGCUCAGACUGGUUUGCAACCCGGCAAGGGCAGUAAAGAACUGAUUUCCAACAGGUGAGGUCAUCUGCUGCCUUGAUGGAGGGUGGGACCAUAAUCCAGGUGUCAGCUCCAACAUUUCACGGCCAUUGUCUUCCUUGUCUUAAAUAUCUGCUUCUGCUUGUAAUCCUGUGCAAAGCUCUGCUCGCGGCUUGUGUUAAGAGGCAGUCUCAGCGUGAUGCUGGAAUCAGCCAGUUCUUCCUGAGGGCGGUGGUUGGUGGCUGCUAGGUGUCCUUGGAGGACAGCCUGGGAGGGCUGGAUGGAGACGAGCAGCACCACAAGCACAUCCCUGAUUUGUCUGCUCCCAUGUGGUUGUGCAGGGGUAGGUGAAGCACCACGUUGCUGCCUGUGAGAGAGACACCACAGCAGUGCUUCCUCCUAGGAAAAUGUUUCCAGAAACAUCCAAAGCAGAAGCCUGGGCUCUCCAAGGCAAGCAGAAAAAGUAUUCUUGGAGUACAACGGAGCUGACAUUUCUACUGUCCACUGAGCAAGCAAAUUAUUUGGUCUAGGAUGCUGCUGGCUCAUACCAGGAAAAAAAUCCAGUCCUGUGCGUCUUAGGUUUGAUUGAUACCGACUGUGUGCAAGCUGAGCAGGAUAACCGUGCUCUCAACCAGCUCCAUUGCUUAAGCCAGAAGCACUCUGGUAUGGCAGAUGAGGUUAACUGAGCCUCAGUGAUAUUCUAACUACAAAUAUGUAUUAACUCAGUAUUUGCUUUAGCAAAGGUAAAUAUAAAAAAGCAUCUCCUCUAACAUCACCUCUCCCUAAAGCAGGAUGUUGUAGAGAAAGGAAAAAUGAAGAUUUUACAGUGUUGGAAACUGAGAAGGUUAGAAUAGGUUUAGGGCCUUUUCUGGUUUGGUUUGAGUCAAGCCUGUGCUUUUAUGAGACCCCUGAGCAGCACCCCUGACAGGCAUUGGAAUUCUGUGGCUGUUCCAUUCUUCCAUUGGCUCCUGAUGCCAACUCAGACAUUACAAUUCACGUGUCUUAGCUCUUUUAUAGGCAGCAAUACUUUCUCAUCAAGCAUCGUUACAAGCUUAUUGGUCACUCCUGUUUAACCAAGAAGGUGACCUGAAAGUCUAACAGGGCUUUUCUACACCCACAGCUCUGCAGCAAAGGAGCUCAUGCAGCCCUUUAUUUCAAUCGCCAAUAACACAAAUAUCCUUCCAGCAGGAAGAAUGAGUGCAAGGGAGGACUUUCCUCUGAGGCCUGCUAGAAGGAUUUCGUAGAAUCUUCCCUAAAUAACUCUGCAAGGUCUCUAUCCCCCUCUCUGGGCACCCCUGGGAUAUCUGAGAUGACCUCUCUCCCUUACUGACCUCAAUGAUCCCUUCUAUUCCCCAUGUUCCAGGAAGGGCCAGGAAGGCUGCUGGGCUCAGACUCUCCAGCAAGAAAAUUAUUAGGCUUAAAUGCCUCGACAGCUGAGUUAACUACUUCUGUAAAACAUUUGCUGUCAUUUCAAAUUCCCUUGGUAUGUUUAUAGCCCAUGUCUCAGAGUGAUUUGGUGGUGCUGUCACACACCACUGGGAUCUUUGGUUUCAUCCCUACAUUGAUUUCUCUUUGCACAGGGUUGCCUUGCAAGUGCGCCUUCCUCUGGGUAAGUUUCUGCUUUGUCACUAGCAGCUGAAUUUUCACAAGUUGAAUUUCUCUCAUCUCUUUGCCUGUGUUCCUUUAUUUCCCCAAGGCGGCCACGCUGGAAGCACUGAGUCCACUCAAAGAAGUCAAUGAACUGAAUUUAAGUACGUAAGUGUUUUACAGUGUUUAGGUGAUAUUUUUAAUCAGGACAGUGUUCACUUGUCUCUACAAGGUCAAGUUUUGCUUGAGGGCGUGCUUGAGGAGCGCUUGGAUUUUAUUAGCUGAGGGGAUAAACUUCCUCCAUGAGCUCCCUCUCCUUCCUCUUCCCCUUUCCCUGCAUUUUCCAUGUGUUUGCACUGUUCUGGUUUAGGUCAGACACAAAGAUGACUCUGUGGCACUUGGCUGAUUUAAUCUGUCAUGGGCACUUUUCAUACUACCUGUGCUAUGUCACAGAUUUGUCAUCUCACUCAGACCUUCUUGACAUCCCCACAGGCUGUGUGAAACACAAGAAGCUUGGUAUGAGGCUUUGGUCCCACCCACUCCAUGAGAAAUCUCUUCCUGCUACCUUUAGGUACGAUGUUUCCCUUAGGUUUCUCUUCACAGGAUGAAAGUUAUUCAUAAAAUUGCCUACAGUAUGUAUAGCACCAUGUAUUCACCGGGUCAAUAACUCAAGAGUGUGUUUGAUUUGCCUCCCAAGUACUCGAAUGUUGUUCUUUUGCAGAGGAACUGUGAGGUAAAAGGAAAGGCAGACAUGAUCAGGCAGCCAGGCUGCUGGAAAACUGGGAAUUCUGCUUAGGUAGCCUCAAUCUCAAGAUGCUAUCUGAUCUACGCUCUGUUGGGAAACCUUUCUGCCAUCCUUUGACAUCUCAGAUAAAUGAAAAAGGGCCAUUUACUGCUACACCACUCACAUCCUGCAAAUCUUUAAAAUUUAACCUGCAACCGCUUUGUAAAUGGAUCCCCUUCUUUACUGAAGCCUGAGUAGGAUUUGUUCUACGUGCUUUGCUUUUGCUACACCUCUCUCUCAAUUUCAGGGAGCACAAGAGCCUUAAACUGUCAGCCAAUGUUGUCGGCCCCUGCCAGCCCAGGGUGUCUGGGGCAAAGACGUCCUUACAGCCGACCACUGUCACGGCAAAUAAUGCUUGUAAUGUGCACUAAGGCAAGGAAAUAAAAGGGGGAAAUGAUUGGAAGUUUUCAGAGUGUUAACUUUACUUUUACUGUCUUGAAGGGGUUUGAGACUAUGAAUAUUUCUUUUCCAAGUCUUAUUCUUUUCUUGCAGUACUCAAUGACGCUGUGCAACAUGCUUUCCCUUCUCCCCAGUCAGGGUAAAAUACUGAAUAAAAUAAAGCAGCCUGCUCUUUCCUCUGUCUGAGGCAAGAGUUCAUCUUCGGGGCUUUGGGAAUUCAGCAUCCUUUACCAAACAAACGAGAUGGGUGAGGAAACUACACCUUGAAUGGAGAAUUCUGCAUUUUUAGCUGUUUAUGAAACUGUUGCUUCACAUUCAGGUGAAAAGCUUCCCUUCACACGAUCCAAGGACCCUGAUUACUGCAAGUGUGAUGGGUGCCUGGAUGGGAUCUUGAGGUGGUUUCGGUCCCCGUGACGUAUCACCCCCCUCUGCCCCGAAGCUGCUGAAGAGGCCUGCUGCCUUGCUGAGUCGUGAGGUGAAGGGGAGCGAGAUGAGGUCUGGUGGCCACUCCACCUCAGCAGCCACAUCAAAGCCCACGUGUGCAGCAAGGAUGAGUCAGGGAGCAUGAGGUAGUCAUCAUGUCUCUGCCACUCGUUUGCCUAUCAGGAUGACCAAACUGGCCCCUGGUCACCCCCUUGCGCAUAUCAAGGCAGGUAUGCGGAGUUACACCACAGCCACAGAACAAAGAAUCAGAGGUGAUCCUGAAAACAGAAGUAUUAAUCAGAUUUAUGAAUAGAAACCAGUGUAAGUUGUACUUGGAUUAUUUAUGGAUGUCGAAACUGUGAGUUUUGUGUGUUGGAAAUGGCUGGAUGUAUAACCCUGGAGUUUUGGGGAUCCCUACACUGUGGUGGAGGUCACAGCCGCAGGGGGGCCAAAGCAACCCACUGUGUCCCUUACCAGCAGCGCCACUGGCCAAAGGUAAAGAAGAUAAGGAGCUGGGCUGAUUGAUAGCCCAGAUGUUAUCACUCCAGAAGGGACUACAAGAGGAUAAGAGGAGCAAGUCACAAUUGGAUCUCCCUCUCAGCUGGUCUGAGACUCCCACCGACGUCAAUGUAACAUUAUGGAUCCAAUCCCUCCGAGCACCGGAGCGUGUGCAAAAACUUCCCCUGCAGCAACCUCAUGGACACAUCUACAAAGACUUCAUCACUGAACUCCAGACAGGUCGUACAGUCCCUCACAAACCCUUAUAGGAUAUUAUUGGUCUAGACUUAAGCUUAUACUCUUGAGUUAGGAUUGUAACAUUACAGGCAAUAAACUAAAUGUUUAAGUGCCGUUCUGGGUCCUAUGCUGUCUCCCCCCACCGAGUACCAUCCUCCACACACUCUAACAAGAUACCAGUCCUGCGCAUCACGCGUGCCUUUUCUGUGCUACAAAUGAGAGGACGCAUCUGCUUUCUUCUGUGUUUAUUGCAUCGCACUGAAGCAAAAUGCCAUGUAGUAAUUUGCAGUGAUUAGCUGAUGAUUUCACCACAUCUAAGGAAUACAAGGAAAAGCAAUUAAAUAAUUUGGGACUUGGUUACCACUGAAGGAUGGCUCGGGCCACGCGACAGGACAGGGUGAGGGCAGUGCCACAGAAAUGCCACUCUGAGCUGAGCCCACCACACGGCUCACUCGGUGGGGCAGAAGCCUCUCCCAGCUGCACACAUUUUGAGUAGCACAGGAGCUAGUGAGCUCAGUAACAUUGCCCUCUCCUGAGUACGUGGUCAAAGUAAGUUGCUGGGAGUAGCACCCUGCAAUCCGUGCUUUAGAGAUGUU